AUGGGCGGCGGCGGCGGUUUCGCGGACUCGAGGCUUCGCGACGACGGCGACGAGGCGUUCUUUCGCGCGUAUUUCGGCUCGCGGGAGGGUGGUGGAGACCGCGCGCGGGUGGAUGCGAAUGGGUUCUACGCGCGCGCCGGGUGCGAGCACUGCGAGGCGCUCGGGUUGAAGUCGAGCGAGUUCGUCACGCCCGAGGCGUUGAAGACGGCGCUUCGCGAGCAGGCUUUGAAAUGGCAUCCGGAUAGACACGACGACGAAAAGAAACCGAUCGCGGAAGCGAGGUUUAAGCGCGUGUACGAUGCGUACGAGUAUUUAGCCGAGCGCGCGGGCGCGCGAUCGUCGGAGUAG